AUGUUGUUUAACAAGCGCAUUCUUAUUACCGGCUGUUCAGCUAAUGGAAUUGGCGCUGCAAUAGCCCUGGCGCUGGCCCGGAAAGGCCACCAUAUUUUUGCGACUGCACGAAAAUUGUCGAAGAUUCCAGUAUCACUUAGCUCAAUUAGCAAUGUGACACUUGUCCAGCUGGAUGUCACAUCUCCCAAGUCUAUCACAGAGGCUGUUCGAGUCGUGGAAGAUUAUGGCGUGGGCCUCGAUAUCUUGAUAAACAACGCUGGGAUUGGCUAUACGAUGCCGUUGUUAGAUGUGGAUAUCGAAACUGCGCAACGAACGUAUGACACAAAUGUGUGGGGUGUACUAAGGGUUACUCAAGCCUUUGCACCUUUACUUCUCAGGAAUAAGGGCAAGAUUGUCACGUUGAGUAGUGUCGGGGGAGUCACUAAUACUCCCUGGAUCGGCAUUUACACAUCUUCCAAGUCAGCCAUAACGAUGAUCUCAGAGACACUCAGGCUUGAGCUUGCUCCUAUUGGAAUUAAUGUACUCACCGUUAUGGUCGGUACAGUCACCACUUCGUUCCAUUAUAACGAACCGGAAGUUUUGCUACCUAAUUCUUCCCACUUCCUAGGCGCUAGAGACACCAUCGCGCAGCGGGCUACUGGCCAGGUAGGGCCCAAAGGGUGCCCAGUCUAG